AUGUGGACGUUGGGUCGAAUCGAAGUCAUAGCAGUUUGCAAAGAUAAAAAUCUAAAUGAAAUAAAUAAUAUUCUUUAUAUCCGCUUUUCUUACGGUGCUUACAAACGAGAUAAGAGUUUCAACAACAGGACAUAUAGCAAUGAUGUAUUAGAUGUUUACAUAGCAGAUGGAUUCGUUUUGUUGCACCUGCGGUACGGUCUUACACCAUUUCUCGUUCGCUCGACAGUUGUGAAAGAUUUAAGUUUCAUUAUAAUCUCGGUUUUUUUUAUUUGGGGUAGAGAAAAUAGAAUGAAACAAGCGAAUGGGAAACAUUUGGCGAAGGCUUGGGCGAAGGAUUAG